UAUGGGAGAAUGAUUGCUCAGAGAGACACAGGAAAGUGGAGCAAUGACCUCAGAGUAAGGUUGGAUGGUGUGGUUAAGAGUCAGAUAAACGUCAAGAAAGAGAGAACACACAGCUUAACUAGAUAUUGCUGCUAGCUGGGUAGGACCAUAUUUGCAGCUCUGCCAGCAGCAAAGGUGUCUGUUUUUUUAAAUACCUUGGUGGGAUUAUUUCUGCAACUAUGUCCACAGUUAACCGCACUUCUUCUAAUAGCUACAAGAACCCAGGAUUUGAGCUUUAGAUAUCCCUAUACAGAAUACCCCGCAACCUGACAGAGGUAAUGAGAAGUAUGAGUCAUGAUGAAGAGCCCUAGUGGCGCAAUAGUUAGAAUGUGCACAGCUUGGAGUUCGAUCCUCACAGGGCUCAAGGUUGACUCAGCCUUCCAUCCUUCCAAGGAAGACACCGAUGAUUCAAAGACAAAUGGUAUUGCAUUAAGAAACAGGAACUUAGAAAGAAGUAACUCUCUUCAUCCUGAUGAGCAUGAGACAAAUAUCAAUAUUGACAGCAAGCCAUAUGGAAGCCAACCUGAAUCAGAAGAAAACAAGAAUCUUGGGUGCAAGGGGAAAUUUGCAAGGAAAUACAAUAUGGUCCUUCAAUUUUGCAGGAAACAUAAAACUAUAAUCCAAUACAUUAUUUAUGGAAUACUAAUUAUGGCUUAUCUGGCAAUGGUGAUUGCAGCCUGCAUCUUGAAUUUUCACAGAGCCUUAGCACUCUUCAUCCUCACUCUCCUAGCCAUUGUUUUCAUCUGUUGGGACUUUUUCAUAGCCAGAUAUGAGGGUAAAAUUGCAGAGCUGCUGUCUCCUUUGGAAAAAUUUCUAAAAGCUCAGUGGUUUUGGUUGAAAUGGGUAGUGUGGAUCAUCUUAAUAGUUGCUGGUGUGUGUUGGUUAAUUUUUGAUACUGCCAAGCAAGGGACCAACCAGCUCAUUUCCUUUGGUGGACUUAUUAUGUAUAUUCUCUUGAUGCUGAUCUUCUCUAAGUACCCAACUAAAGUUGUAUGGAGGCCAGUAAUCUGGGGAGUUGCAAUGCAGUUUGUUCUUGGACUUAUAACCUUGAGGACCAAACUAGGAUUUGAUGCAUUCCACUGGCUUGGUAAUCAAGUGCAGAUUUUCUUGGGAUAUACCGAUGCUGGUGCUAAAUUCGUGUUUGGUGAAAAAUAUACUGAUCACUUCUUUGCCUUCAAGGUGCUGCCUAUUAUUAUUUUCUUCAGUACAGUGAUGUCUGUGCUAUACCAUGUCGGAUUCAUGCAGUGGCUUAUUAAAAAGGUUGGAUGGAUCGUGCAAAUUACCUUACAGACAAGUCCAGUAGAAUCUUUAGUUGCAGCUGGCAAUAUAUUUGUGGGAAUGUCGGAGUCUCCUCUCAUGGUAAAGCCAUAUCUGCCCUAUGUUACCAAGUCUGAACUCCAUGCUAUCAUGACAGCGGGAUUUGCCACCAUUGCUGGAAGUGUUUUAGGAGCAUAUAUUUCCUUUGGGGUUUCAGCUUCCCAUUUAUUAACUGCUUCCGUGAUGUCAGCACCAGCAGCUUUAGCUAUUGCUAAACUCUUCUGGCCUGAGACUGAAAAUCCCCAGAUAAAUGCCCAACAGGAUACAAAAAUGGAAAAAGGAGAAGCUAGGAACCUGUUGGAAGCUGCCAGCCAAGGUGCCACUGCUGCCAUCCCCCUGGUAGCCAACAUUGCUGUGAAUCUGAUUGCCUUCCUUGCUUUAUUGGCCUUCUUUAAUGCAGUCCUGUCUUGGCUGGGGAACAUGUUUGACUACCCACAACUAAGCUUUGAGAUAAUCUGUUCAUAUUUGUUUAUGCCAUUUUCUUUUAUGAUGGGAGUUGAUUGGGAAGACAGCUUUAUUGUUGGUGGGCUGCUUGGUUACAAGACUUUCUUCAAUGAAUUUGUGGCUUAUGAACACCUUGCAAGCUUGAUUAAACUAAGAAAGAAGGGAGGAGAAAUGUACAUCAAUGGUGUGAAACAGUACCUGAGUAUACGAUCUGAAACAAUUGCCACUUACGCGCUUUGUGGAUUUGCAAAUUUUGGUUCGGUGGGCAUGAUACUUGGAGCACUAUCAUCCUUGGCUCCCACCAGGAAGAGAGAUAUCGCAGGGGGAGCCUUCAGGGCCAUGAUUGCUGGCACUGUGGCCUGCUUCAUGACAGCUUGUGUUGCAGGUAUAUUAUCUGAAAAUCCAUGUACAACAUUAUUACAAAGCAACUUCAAUGCAAAUGACAAUAGCACCGAAAUAGUUGCCUGCUGCUUAAACCUCUUUAACAGUGGCAACAGUUCUGCAGAGGUCUUCCCAAAGUCUAACAGCGGUUUAAGAGCCUUGCACCAAUGUUGUCAACUUUUGGGCCCAUCCAAGGUUAAUUGCAGCUCGGUCACUCCAUUAUCUUAAGCUGUUGAAUAGGAUUCAAAUUGAUGGUGGAUGAACAGAAAAGACAAGAUGGAAAUGGGAUGAUCUUGUUGCUAAUAUAGACAGGGGAAAAACUUGUUCUAACUUAAACUGCAGUGGUAGCUAUCUGCGUCCUCUAUUUUCAUAAUGUUGCUGAUGAAGGACAUGUUGAUAUAUUUGUAAGUGGGAAAAAACUUGCAUACACAUAUAUCACAAUCACAUUUAAGAUUUAGAAUGACAUUUGAAUCUUCCAUCUUGGAUUUAUGGAAAUAACUUGAGAACACAUUGUAGGUUAGAAGGUCUGGUUUGCACACAUUCCCAGUAGGGUCUGUUUGGAUCACGUUGAUGGAAUAAGUGACUUAUUCCAUCAACGUAUCCUGUGGUGGGAUAAGCUAGAGACACAUUGCAUCCUGUGGUGGGAUAAGCUAGAGACACAUUCAGUCACAUUAAUUCAAUUUAAACCAAUCAGAGAAAUAUUCAAAAAUUAUUUAAAAUGACUCUAAAUUUGCUUAAUUUGCACCUUUCAAUUUCUGUUUAGAUGCUUAUCAAACUCUGUUUUGUUCUAUUGAGAUAAGAUUAUUAUUUUAAUAUGAUCCUAAGCAUGCUCAGAGCUAAGCUGUUUCUUUUUCUCCUGUGGAGUUUAUUUACAAAUCCAAGUCAGAAAACAGGCAACUCACAAACUAACAGAACUCUGCUUUGGUGUUACGGGAAAUAAUAACAGAAUUUUGAAAUUCUGACAGUUUCUCUCUAGGCCUUUUUGUGCCAAACAAAAUCAAAGCAGGGUUCUCUUGACUUUCUUUCCUACCCCUUCUUCUUCCCCAGAACUGAGUUGUUAUUUACUUCAUCAAUUACAUACUAUAUAUCAGUUGAUAUAAGAGAAAGGUAUAUAAUUUUUAGAACCUGGGGAAUAUUUUCAUUCAGAUAUUAAUCAAGGAAAACCAGUUCCACUUGAAAAUCAGCUUUCCACCAGCCCUCAAAAAAUAUGUAGAGCAGGUUCUGUUUUUACAAUGCAGGGUCAUGGGUAUACAUUAAUGAAAAGUAGCUAUACAUAGGCACUUUUGUUGCUAGAAUAUUAACAAAACAUCAAUUUAAGUACUACUAUAUGAUCUGUAAAAAAACCCCACAGUUUUCACUAUUACAAUUUGUUCUACCAGACCAGUGAUGGCGAACCUUUGAGAGACCGAGUGCCCCAAAACUCCACCCC